AUGCUUUCUCUUCUUCUGUUACUGCCCGCGCUCGUUGCCGCGGCGCCUGCACCGCGACUCCAUGCGGCUCGCACCCUUCUGUCUGGUCGCUCGAUCCAGGAGAACGAGCUUGUCUCGCGUGCCGAUGCUUCCAUCCCGCCCGAGUACCUCCUCAAGGCAGCUCUUGGGAGCCUAAGCGGCAACGAGCUUUUGACCUCGGUCACAUUCGCGACUUCGUCCAAUUCCAAGACGGCCGGCACCCUUGUCGCUGGUACGGCGGGCCAGAAGCUCGGCCUCACCGAUUCCGACUCGUUUUCUCUCCUGAACGGUACCAGCUUUGCCAACUACAGUCUCCCCCAUGUCGACGGCGCGACUGAGGUGUGCACCUACUUCUUCCUUCAGAACGGCGAGGUCGAGGUCCAUGUUCCCGUCCUGGAGCGCGAGAGUUUUGAGCUCACGACUUUCCUCGCGACCGUCAAAAUCUCGUUCUCGGAUAUGCUGGCUAUGACCUGCUUCUUCAUUCAUGAUCUAGACAUCCAGACGUCAGGCUCCCCCGUCGUCACCGGUGGUUCGGACCUCACUUCCUCUGCGGCUGCUCCUCAAUCCUCAAGUAACUCGCACUGGUCGGCCAGUGCUGCAUCUUCGACUUCGCGUGCCUCCCUUUCUCAUUCGUCUGCCCAGGGGUCCCCUUCGACCACCGCCUCGUCCUCGAGCCGCGGCCACAGCACCUCAUAUUCUUCGACAACCACCGGCGGUCACGCGAUCUCCACUGUUCCUAGCACCUCGGUACCACUCCCGUCGACCUCUGCUGACCUUUCGCCGGCGUCGUCGUCGUCAGACGCUCCGGGGUCGGUUACGGCCUCAUCGUGGGAGUCCGUCACCUCCGCUUCCACUUCAGAGGCGCCGAACUAUUCAACAGCCUCUGGGUCUGUCUCUCUCACCUCUGCUUCCGCCUCCCCCUCGGAGACCAUCUCUUCCUCAGCUUCUACUUUCACCGAUGCGCCCACGUCCAAUGAUUCCACUGCUCCGUCGUCGUCAACCACAUCGACGGGUCCCACGGAGUCCGGCACGGCCAACGAUUCUGCUACCUCGUCGUCCAGAAGCACGUCCACCGAGUCCACCGAGUCCACCACACCCACUGGUCCUGUUACUCCGUCGUCUUCGAGCACUGCGACGGAGCCCACAGAGUCCACCACACCCACUGGUUCUGUUGCUCCCACAUCUUCAACCACUCCGGCAGAGUCCACAGAGUCCACCACACCCACUGGUUCUGUUGCCCCCACAUCUUCAACCACUCCGACGGAGUCCACAGAGUCCGCCACACCCACUGAAUCUGCUACGUCCACGAUAUCCAGCAGUGCUCCUAACAGCACAAUUCCGACGCUCACGGAGCCCCUCGCAGCUUACCAGACGAACACCACUUUCAACGGCCAGACCUUUAUCAGCAAGGGUCUUGUUGGCUUUGGUGCCAUUGCUGGAGAUGCCGUUGACUCGCAGGGUGAGACCAUUGGUGGUAUCGGCUCUGCCAUCCGCCUCGAGUCGCUCACCCGCGUCAACUCCACCACAUACACUGGCCGCAUGAUUGUGCAGCCCGAUCGUGGAUGGAACAGGGUCUCCACUGUCAACUACAUUGCUCGCCAGCAUGCCAUCGACUUCACCCUCACGCCUUACUACAACUCGACCAACCUCGAGUAUCAGGCAGCCAAGUCGUCAUUCGACCUCACGUACGCCUCCACCGUGCUGUACAAGGAAUCGGAUGGUACCGACACAACGGGCCUCGACUCCCUUACCUACCGCAAUGGCUCAGUGCCAAUCCCCAUUCCAUCGGUCGACUUUGACCGGAUUUCCACAGAUGCCGAGGGUCUCGUUAUCAACCCAGACGGCAGCUUCUGGAUGUCGGACGAGUACGGGCCUUACAUUUACAAGUAUUCGGCCGACGGUGUCCUCGUUACUGUAAUUGAACCUCCCGCGGCGUUCCUUCCACGCCUCAACGGCUCGCUCUACUUCUCCGCCAACUCGGACACUGCACCCACCGAGGGUCGUUCUCAGAACCAGGGCUUUGAGGGUCUCACCUCCAAUGCCGCUGGCACCAAGCUCUAUGCGCUCCUCCAGAGCAGUCUGCUACAGGACGCUCCCGCCAGCGACGAUGGCCGGUACACCCGUCUGCUUGCCUACGAUGUUUCGGGAGACCAGCCCGUUCUGGAGCAUGCCUACGUCGUUGAGCUGCCUGUUACCAACGGCAAAUCUAAGACCCUCGGCCAGAGCGAGUUCCACUACAUCUCAGAUGACACCUUUGUUGUCCUCGCUCGUGACGGCAAGGGCGGUGGCAGUGACACUGCCGAGGCCAAGAACAAGCGCUUCUACCUCUUCACCACAUCUGAAGCCACGGACAUUGCCGGCACAACGUAUACCGACGACUACACCCCCGUUGCUCCCGACAACGUGCUCUCCUCGAACCUCACUGCCGCGAGCGUCACCCCCUGGGUCGACAUCCUCGACGACACUCAACUGGCCCGUUUUGGCCUGUACAACGGCGACACCAACUCGACCUUUAGCGUCUCGAUGAUCAACACCAAAUGGGAGUCGAUUGCGUUUGCCUCGUGCCAGGACCCAGACUAUCCCGACGACUACUUCCUCUUCUCGUUUAGCGACAAUGAUUUCAUCACCCUCAGCGGCGAGAUGGCAGGUAGUGCCUACAGCGACGACGAGGCGGGUUACACGCUCGACAACCAAGCGCUCGUCUGGCGUGUUACCGUGCCAUACUCUCUCCAGGACGCUUAG